GCCACUGUGCUCGGAGCACGCGUCUGGACAGGACGGGACAGAGCGGUGCUGUGAGGAGUUUCCUCACAGACAACUCGUUCCUCACUGACCCGAAGCAUUUCCGAGGAUUCUUCUUCUAGCAACAUCCCUCGAGGCCAGACCACGGGAGUUGGUGACCCGGAGCUUCUCCGAGGCACCACCACUCCUGGUGGAAGGUGCCCUCGAGGCCAGGCCACGGGAGUUGGUGACCCGGAGCUUCUCCGAGGCAUCAUCACUACCUGUGGAAGGUGCCCUUGAGGCCACACCACGAGACUUGGGGACCCACAGCUUGUCUGAGGUGUCUCCAGUCCCUGUGGAAGGUGCCCUUGAGGCCACACCACGAGACUUGGGGACCCGCAGCUUGUCUGAGGCAUCUCCAGUCCCUGUGGAAGGUGCUCUUGAGGCCAAACCACAGGACUUGGGGACCCACAGCUUGUCUGAGGGGUCUCCAAUCCCUGUGAAAGGUGCCCUUGGGGCCAUUCUGCAGAACUUGUGACCAGGGGCUUUUCCGAGGUUUCUCUCCUGCAGGUGCCCUCGAGGCCAGACUGCGGCAUGGCGGGGAGACGCUCCGGCUUGUGCAGGCUUCUCAGGAAGAAGAACGAAGGCCCUGGGCCUGCCCCAGCACGGCAACCUGAGGAGAUGCAAAACUUCCAGCCCCUGCAGCAGGAUCCAGGCCAGCACCGGACAGAAGAGCACGUCCGUGCCCGCGGCCGCUUCCGUAGAGCAGUUCAGAGGUUUCUGAAAUUCAUAGGGAUUCGGCGUAGAACACCCAGGACCACACCACCUGAGGGCACGGCACAGCCUGACACCAGGCCAAACGACCCCAAGGCAAAGCCUGAUGUCGACUCCUCGCUGACAGAUCCCACGGCAACCUCUGACACUGCUUUGACCCAUGACCUGACAAGCCCUAUCACCACACUGACCCAUCUCAUGGCGACGGCUGACAUCGCACCGAUUCAUUGUGCAGCAAACUUGGACACCGCUUUGGUUGAUGAGACAACCACCUCUGGCACAGCACCGACUGAUCUCAUGGCAAAGGCUGACAUCGCACCGAUGCCAAUGGGUGACACAUCAAACCUUGACGCGGCAACAAUGGAUGGCACAGGAAUCUCUGGCACUGCCAUGACUGAUGAAGUAACAAAUGCUGAAACCACACCGACUGAUGUCAUGGAAAAGUCCGACACCACAACGACUGAGAGCAUCGGGAACGCUGACACCACACCCACACACAGUGUGACUGAUGCUCCCAAUUUGGACUUUUUCAAGGAAAAAGGUGUCUCCAGUCAGAAGCAAGUGCCAGCCAUCAUGAGGUACAUCCACCAGUGCCUCACGUUCCAUGUGUCUCCAGAUGUCAGCCUCCACGCUAACAUUCUCAGCCUGGUUGGUGCACACCCUCGUCACGUGGUGAUGUCUCUCUUGCACUGUGCCCCGGCGUGUGACAGAGCUGCUGCAAUGAUCUGGAGGACCAUCGCCUCCUCAGGAACGACAGCAGAGAAGGUGCUCCCAACACUGCUGCAAGUGAUGGAGGACUGGCCACUGUACAGCCUGUCCUCCUCUGAUGGCGACAACAAAGACGUCUUUGCCCUGGCUGCAACCCUGGCACUGCGGAUGAUCAUCCAGGAGCCCCAGUGCCAAGAUGCACUGAUGAUUUAUGCCCCCCAACUCCUCGUGGCUCUGCUUUUCCAAGUCUACAUGAGCACAGAGCAGAUGCCAGAGGAGGUCAGGACCUUCUGGAGGCAAUGCCGGGAGCAACAUGACCUUCCCAAUGACCCCAACAGGUUUGCAGUACAGACCAUCAAGGCCUUGCUCUGCUGUCUACACUGGGAGGAUGUGAUGGUGGCAGUGGAACGUAAGCAUGGCUGGGACACCCUCCUCCAUCCUGACAUCCACCAUUAUGCAGUGGGGCUGCUGGCCAGGGAGAUGCGCAGCGUUUUGAUUCCCUUCUAUUCCCUGAUCGCAACCCACCUGCUCAGGCUGCUCAGCAGGGAGGAGCCCCACUGGGAGCUGCCUGCCCUGGCCUUCCUUGUUGAGCUCCUGGACUAUGUGGAGGGGAGAAACUGUCAUGAGAGUGUCCUGCCAAUCCUAUCAAGGCACCUGCAGAGCCAGUGCCCUGACAGCCGUCGCCUGGCACUCAGAGGACUCCUGGUGCUCAGUGUGGAUCCCUCAAUGGCCGAAAGCAUCUGCAGCCUGGCUGAGCGCCUCGUGGAGCUGCUUCAUGAUGGAGACGGAGAUGUGGUCACCAUGACCCUCUCUGUGUUCCUGAAUAUGUUCCGGGAGAAAAACAUCGAAGCAUUCAGCUCCACUGCCCCGAAGCUGGCUGUGGCACUCCGGCCACUCUUUGAUAACGACAACACCCAUGUGCAGCUGCUCUCCGUUCGCCUCUCCCAGGAGGUCAUGGAGUUGCUUGUGGAAGAGGGAACAAAUACACAGGUGCAUCACAGCCUCGUGCCACUGUUCUUCCGCUGGCACAAUGAGAACCAGUGUGUGGCAGAGGUGCCAGCCAUCAUGAGGUACAUCCACCAGUGCCUCACGUUCCAUGUGUCUUCAGAUGUCAGCCUCCACGCUAACAUUCUCAGCCUGGUUGGUGCACACCCUCGUCACGUGGUGAUGUCUCUCCUGCACUGUGCCCCGGCGUGUGACAGAGCUGCUGCAAUGAUCUGGAGGACCAUCGCCUCCUCAGGAACGACAGCAGAGAAGGUGCUCCCAACACUGCUGCAAGUGAUGGAGGACUGGCCACUGUACAGCCUGUCCUCCUCUGAUGGCGACAACAAAGACGUCUUUGCCCUGGCUGCAACCCUGGCACUGCGGAUGAUCAUCCAGGAGCCCCAGUGUCAAGAUGCACUGAUGAUUUAUGCCCCCCAACUCCUCGUGGCUCUGCUUUUCCAAGUCUACAUGAGCACAGAGCAGAUGCCAGAGGAGGUCAAGACCUUCUGGAGGCAAUGCCAGGAGCAACAUGACCUUCCCAACGACCCCAACAGGUUUGCAGUACAGACCAUCAAGGCCUUGCUCUGCUGUCUACACUGGGAGGAUGCGAUGGUGGCAAUGGAAUGCAAGCGUGGCUGGGACACCCUCCUCCAUCCUGACACCCACCAUUAUGCAGUGGGGCUGCUGGCCAGGGAGAUGCGCAGUGUUUUGAUUCCCUUCUAUUCCCUGAUCGCAACCCACCUGCUCAGGCUGCUCAGCAGGGAGGAGCCCCACUGGGAGCUGCCUGCCCUGGCCUUCCUUGUUGAGCUCCUGGACUAUGUGGACGGGAGAAGAUGUCAUGAGAGCGUCCUGCCAAUCCUAUCAAGGCACCUGCAGAACCAGUGCCCUGACAGCCGUCGCCUGGCACUCAGAGGACUCCUGGUGCUCAGUGUGGAUCCCUCAAUGGCCGAAAGCAUCUGCAGCCUGGCUGAGCGCCUCGUGGAGCUGCUUCAUGAUGGAGACGGAGAUGUGGUCGCCAUGACCCUCUCUGUGUUCCUGAAUAUGCUCCAGGACAAGGACAUCGAAGCAUUCAGCUCCACUGCCCCGAAGCUGGCUGAGGCGCUCUGGCCACUCUUUGAUAACGACAACACCCACGUGCAGCUGCUCUCCAUUCGCCUCUUCCAAGAGGUGAUGGAGUUGCUUGCAGAAGAGGGACCAAAGACCUUGAAUACGCAGGUGCACCAGAGCCUGGUCCCCCUAUUCUUCCAUCUGCACGAUGAGAACCAGUGCGUGGCAGAGGCCUCUCGGGAAACACUGCUUUGUGCUGCAAGUUUCCUCAAGAGGAGGGAUCUCGAGCAGGUGCUGAGGAGACAGCAGCCCAUCAAGUUCUGCGAUUGCCUGAUGGACAAGGACGUCAGCCGAAGGGAUGAGCACCUGCGCCAAGCCCUGCCAUAUCUGCAGAGCCCACAGCAGCCCUUGAGAGAGGCAGCCGUCAGGUUCAUGGGGGUCGCCGCAUGGCACAUGCAAGACCUGCAUCCCGUCAUGAAGGCCCUGGAAGCCAUGACCGAAGACGACUGCUCCUCCUACUCCACCAUGAAGAAUGCAGUCUUGUCUGCUUUUCGACGGGCAGUAUCUAAGUAAUCUUCUCCAGCAAGAUAACCAAUGUGCCUGGAACAGCACCGGACAACAACAAAGACACCACUUCUCAGCGGUGCUGGGCUGGACCCAACUGAGCCUGACGGCAAGGCCAGGCAGCUCCUGGCCUCUCCAUCCCUCUGUACAGCUCCCUCCCUCCCUGCCUAUUCCCUUCUCCUGCCCACAGUUCAUCCAGUUCUAUCCCCUUAGGUUAAGAAGAUUCAUCCCUCCCCUUCCCCUUAGGUUAAGAAGAUUCAUCCCUCCCCUUCCCCUUAGGUUAAGAAGAUUCAUCUCUCCCCUUCCCCUUAGAUUAAUAAACAUUU